AGAAGGUUUGUCUCUUGUCGGCUACUGUACCUACUCGAGGAAGUUGUUGCAAUUUCAUUCAUUCUGUAGAGUUUCAAUUACAACACUUCAUUUCCAAAAUGCGUAGAAGAACCGAAGCUCAAGCAUCAAACAAUGAACCUGUCAAUGCUGAUAGAAAGGAUCCGGAUCAAAGAUUGCACAGCCAAGCUGCAGCUGAAGGCCGAGUGUCUUACAGCUCUGUGCUCAUGAUCGUUGGAAAGUGUUUACUUUUGAUCAUCUUCAUCCCUCCGUUCCUCAACUAUGCAUCGCUGCAGAGAGAAGGACAGAUGCUCUUUCCUAAAGACGGCCAAAUAGUUGAUGUUGGUUUGGGUCAAAAGAUGCAUCUGUUGUGUAAAGGACAGGGGCGACCAGUAGUCAUACUGGAUGCACCAGCUGGAAUGUCCUCAGACGUUUGGUUACACGUCCAGGAGAGUGUGGCCACAUUAACAAAGGUCUGUACCUAUGACAGAAUGGGACUGGGCUUCAGCAAGCGGCUGAUGCAGAAUGAAACCACAGGAACGGAGAAAGUUUGGGGGAUGUCAACGACUGGACGGAUGGUGGAUGAUCUGCACCGACUCCUACAGGCCGCCGAGAUAGCCAAGCCCUUCAUCCUGGUGGGCUCUGAGCUCGGCACGCUCAACGGCAGGUUUUACAGCCACAUUCAUGAUGUGCAAGUGUCAGACCUGGUGCUGAUUGAUCCCAUUCCAGAGGACGUUUUUGAGGACGACCAGUGGAAAGAGUACUGGUCACGGCAGCUUCCUGCGGCCACGCUCGCAUCACGCGAGGCGGUACUAAAUCUGCAAUGGAAAAAGAAGGAUGGGGCAGCGCGGUCGAGUCAAACUGGUACUAGCAGUGGGUAUGGUAAGCUGUUGCCCUCGCUCCAAACCAGGCAGUUUUCAGCGGCUACAGGGCUGAGCCGCAUGCUGAUCAUCCUCGGGGUGAUUGAACCGACUAUUAAAGGCGAAAAUGUCUCAGAGGAGGUCAUCCAGCGCCAGAAAUACCUACUAAGUAACCCUGCCCACCAGAGCAGUGCUGUGGAUGAGCAUUACUUUUUGAAUGAAAGUGCAGCUCAAGUAAGGGACAUCACACAGUUUAAGCCGCUCUCCAGCCGGACGUCGGUGAGUGUGAUCACUGGGGAUUCCUUUGACCAGCAAAUACCAGAACAUCUAAACCAGAUGGUAGCUAAGCUUCAAAAGACGUUUCUGGAGGAGUCCUACCCAUCAGCCAAUCACGUUCACAUAAAAGGAGCAGACCGGCGAAUGAUCUACAACAAGCCAUCUGCCAUCAGCCAGCACCUGAGGAAGCUAGUCAACCAACGACAAGCCAAACAGCAGAGCGAGUGACCCUCGGCCAACGUGUAACAGUACCCCAGACAUGGACAGGGUAAUCACUGAAUAUGUUUUAAAUAUUCAAGUUAUCUUUUUACCUUUCCCUGCAGCAAUCUGUGGAGAUUGUGUACAUGUCUGGUAAAGGUUCAUCAAGAAGUCAAUUAGU